AUGCGAGGUUUGCUGCAGGCAUGGGUCACUGCACUUGGGACUGCAUCCAGUUCUGCAACACUUCCAAUGACAUUCAAAUGUCUGGAAGAGAAUUUGGGAAUCGAUCGCAGAGUUACUCGAUUUGUUCUACCGGUUGGAGCAACCAUCAAUAUGGACGGAACAGCGUUGUACGAAGCAGUCGCUGCAAUUUUCAUUGCCCAGACUAAUGGCGUUCAUUUGUCGUUCGGGCAGGUCGUUACCGUUAGGUUUGAUUACGUUUUUCGUGCCGUCCGUCACCGUUUUCGGGAGGAUGCGGGCAUGUCGCAAAUGCGCUGCUGCUCCCUGUAA